CUGUUUGUGUCAGAGAUGAUGGCACUGACAAAUUUAGUUUUUUGAAACAAGCCAAGGAGAAAAUGGAAUGAUAUUGUAAGAUGUUUAACUUUGAUGCUUUGGUGGUGACCUGGAAUCAGAUUGACUGGGGACCAGGGAGAACAUUUACGGUAGCUCAAGUCCCACCUCAACUCCCAAGAACGUUUGACACCUGAACACUCAACUCCCACCAGUCAUGGGGAAGUCUAAGAAGAAAGAGGAGGCUGUCUUUCUGAGGAAAAAGAUCACCCUUUUGAGGGCUUUCUCACUCCUCAUCGGCAGCAUGGUGGGCAGUGGCAUUUUCAUUUCCCCCAAAGGUGUGCUGAAAAACUCUGGCAAUGUGGGUCUCUCCUUGGUCAUCUGGUUUGGCUGUGGGAUCCUUUCUAUGUUUGGUGCUUUGAGUUAUGCGGAACUUGGCACACGAAUCACAAAGUCUGGAGGUCAUUACAUCUACAUCUUGGAGACCCUGGGCCCUCUGCCGGGGUUCCUCUUCCUGUGGGCUGAAUACUUUGCUAUAAGACCGGCCAACAGUGCUGUUGUGGCUUUGGCAUUUGGGCGCUACAUCCUGGAGCCUUUGUUUGCUCCCUGUGGAGCUCCGCUUCUAGCUGUGAAACUGGUUGGUCUCCUAGGAUAUUAUAUUGUCCUCAUCUUGAACUCUUGGAGUGUUAGCUGGAGUGCCAGGCUUCAGACCAUCUUGUCCAUUGUCAAGCUUGCAGCUCUCGCUCUUAUCAUUGUUCCAGGCAUGAUACUUUUAGCCCAAGGCCAUACAGAAAAUUUCCAGGAUGCUUUCAACGCCCAAGCACUCGUUUUGGACAAACUACCAUUAGCGUUUUAUGCAGGGAUGUUUGCCUAUUCGGGAUGGUUCCAGACUAGUUUUGUACGAGAAGAGCUAGUGAGGCCAGAACGAAAUAUUCCUCUGGCAGUUAUUGUGUCUGUGAUCACCGUGAUUGUGGGCUACAUGCUUACCAAUGUGUCCUACUACACUGUAUUGACAGCAACAGAUGUCCUGACCUCCCAGGCAGUAGCUGUGAGUUUUGCACGCAAAGCGUUCCAGAGCCUCAUCUCAGUGAUUCCUGUCUUGGUUGCCUUGUCUUGCUUUGGAACCAUGAAUGGAGGAAUCUUUACAUUUUCAAGGACAUUGUUUGUGGCUUCACGGGAGGGGCAGUGGCCUCCCCUUUUCUCUAUGAUCCACAUUCAAAGACAUACACCCUUACCUGCUGUUAUGCUGAUGUUCCCUUUGGUCACAGCCAUGAUUUGUGUGGGAGACCUCUACCACCUCCUGAACUUCUUCAGCUUCUCUCGGUGGCUCUUUAUCGGACUGGCAACCCUAGGGCUCAUAGUUCAUCGGCACCGUCACCCUGAGAUACCAAGCCCAUUCCAGGUCCCUCUUUUCAUUCCUGUUUCCUUUACAUUCAUCUGCCUUUUCACUGUGGGGAUGUCUUUCUACUCUGAUCCAGUAAGCAUCAGUAUCGGUUGCACCAUGGUUCUGAGUGGCUUUCCAGUUUACUAUUUGCUAGUCCAAAGGUCGAUGCCACAUUGCUAUCGUUCUACCUUCCAUUAUCUUACACUGAAGCUUCAGAUACUCUUGAAGGUGGUGCAACAAGAGAUCAGGACUUACUGAAGAGCAGAAAGGAAAGCAAAAGUUGUUGUUGGAUGCUCUGAUUUUGUGAAGACUUCCCUGCGGGCUUGCAUUUCGUUACUUUCAUCACCAGAUACAGCGUUCACAAGGAGUCCCCAAAACCAAAGGCACAAAAUAGGCUUCUAAUGUGUCACAUCUUGGACUGCCUGAGAAGCUUAACCUGCAGUGCUUUCCCUAUGAGCAAUGCAGAUGGGCAUGAGAGCACCCAGUCCUUGAAACAAGAGUCAGACAGAAGUGUCUGAAUUUGUUUUUUUGUCUUUAAAUACGAACUGUGUACAUGUAAGAACUAUUCAUAGAUUUGGGGUGGAGUACAGUAGACCUUUCAUCGGCUACAGUACACAGGUUAUU